AUGCCUCCUCGUAAAUCUUCCAGAGUCAGUAGCCUCAAAAGGCUCAACUACUCAGAAUCCAUCAGAAGCUCCAGUUCUGUUGGGAGUAAACGAGGAUGUUCCAAUGCAGCCCAACCAACCACCCAAACCGUUGAUUCAGGAAAUCCAGGAGGCUCAGGACUUAGAGCAACAGGAUCACAUAGUGAAACUGCACGAGUACCACUUUGCCAAUUGUGGAAAUUGACUCACCACACUCUGACAAUUCUGAUUGGUGAGGAAGCGGUGAAGGCACUUUGCCACCCUUGGGACCCUUACGUCAAGGAGCAGAAACUUCUAGCAAGAACCUCAGGGGGAUUCAUAGGCAAGGAGCAAUAUCUCAAACCAACAGCCAGUCAGAACCACCAACAAUCCCAAGCAGAAUCAUCAACUGGACCAUCAAGACACCAAUCUCACAAACCAUCGAACGCUCCGUACAACAGACCAGCCCAAGCCGCAGAGGAAGCCCAGAACAUGCAACACAUGUUAUCCUUCAGCAGAGCUUAUUAUCAAGCGAUGAAAGGCAUGAAGGGUCCAAACAAGGGCAAAGGCAAGCAAAACCAACAAUGA